AUGAGUCUUUCUUUUCUUUCUUUUUUCCUAUCCCAGCAUUUUCCUUUCCUUGUUUUUUUUUUUUUUAUCUUCUUUGCUAUUUAUUUCAAUGCGGUGUUCAUAGACUUUCAUUCUUUCUUUUUCUCUCUUUCAUUCAUAUCCUUUUAUAUCCCUUUUUUAUUUAUUUUUUAUUUUUCUUACUUUUCUUCUUUUUUUUUUGUGAUUUUUGCCUUCUAUUUUAUUUUAUCCCUUUUCUUUUAUUCUGUCUUUCCUUCGACACCUUUUUCAUUCAUUUUCUUUUCUUCAUUUGCUUUUAUUAUUUUUAAGAUUUUUUUUUUAAUUUCUGUUUAUUUUGAAGACUUCUUUCUUCCCUUUGUCUUUUCUUCCCUUCAUUCUCCUCGUCAAUUUGUCUUUCAUAUUCAUUCUUCAUCCAUCAUUCGGUAUUUUUUUUCCACAUUCCACUUUAUUUUUCAUUCCUUUUCUUUCUUCACUUUCUUCUUUUUCAUUUCUAUAUUUAUGAUUCUUCUUUCUGUCUCUUUUUCAUUAUCCUUUUUUUCUUUUUGUCUUUUUUUUUACCCACUUUUUUUCAUUCAUGUUAUUCAUUUUCUUCUUUGUCUCUUUCGUUUUCAUUCUUUUUCCUUCACUCUGUCUUUCCUUUAG